CGCGAGUGCGCGCGCGUGUUAUCGUCAUCUUUUUUUCCUCGGUUCUCUCUUCCCUCUCUGUCUCGCUUACUCUAUGUUCGCAUUCGAGUCCCGGUCGCUGACUACGUGUCCCCUAGGGCAGGCAGCCGGUACGCAUGCGCAGCUUCGCGAUUAUGACGUCAUGCACCAUGACGCCACAACGCCCGAUUGGCGGAGCGCGUCGUAGCCGCCGUUGUGUCGUCGUCGUCGCGUUGUCGGACAGAGGUGUGCGGAGAGGCGAAGCGGGGCCGAGGAAAAGGCAGGGACCGGCGAGGGGGGAAGAGAGCGACACCCGUAGCUCCGCUUUACCGCCGCAUUCUCGAGCGUUCGUCUCCUCGUACGGCAACCAGGCGAGCGAGAGCACGUCGUCGUGUCGCGCGCAUACCAUUAUUUCGUGUCUCGUGUUCAACCUAGAAUACGGUUUCUAUUGUAUACAUAUCGUACGUUCGCGCAUCGGUGCUAAUGGCGGUUAGUUGUUAGUCGGCUUUCGAUUUACCACGAGAGCAAGUCGGUGGUAAAAAUAUCUGGCGUCCGAGUAACGUGUUCUUCUUUUUCUCAGCUCCGCCUUUACGGCGCGUCGCUCACUUCGGGCGUUGUUAAUACGCGCUCGCUGAAUUCCCGGCGUAAUAACCGACAAACAAUAUCGGGCAUCGUUUUCUCGUCGCGACUCGAUCCAUGUAGUUUCACGAAACCAAAGUGGAAAGGAAACGUGAAAGACGCGGUGGGAGUAUAAUAAUUCCAGUGAUUUCUCUGCGAGUGAAGUUGAUUUUUGACCUAGUGUUUAUAUGCGGUGACUAGCGCAGUCUCUCAUGCCAAAUAUGCUAUAAAACCGAUACUUUGUGCGUCUCGAUAGUGCGUGAGAGAGAUACAUAAAAAAGAAAGAAAAAGAAACAGGAUAGUAGACGUGAUAAAGUGGAUGUGAGUGAUACGUUUUGGUACGUUGUGACGACUCGGCGGAGUACUCGCGGACGAAGAAUUCGAGCAAAAUGAUGGGAAAGAGAACGCAGUGCUACUUGUGCGAUCUGCCCAGGAUGCCCUGGGCGAUGAUCACCGAAUUUUCGGAACCCGUAUGCCGCGGUUGCGUGAAUUACGAGGGUGCCGACAGGAUAGAUGCUGUAUUGGAAUCGGCCAAGCAAAUGAAAAAGGCACACGGAUUCCACGAAGCCAGAUCCUCCACAUCAAAAACAUAUAGAGCAACUGGACACACCGAACACAACGGCGGUGCUAAUUUAGAUGUUCUACCGAUACAGAAUACCGGACAGAAUCAUUCGAGGCAUCACAAUAUCGCCGGUUACUCGCAGCUUCAUCAUCGAAAUUCUAUCACAGAAUUUAACUCGGGGUCGUCGAGACAGCAGAUUUCUCGGCAACACGAGGAAACUCAUGAGAUAGCGAAUGGCAUGAGGAGUAAUAACGUGAGAAUCCCGAACGCCCACCUAGCCGCGGUGGCGCAUCACGUGAACCUCAGCCACAACAGAGGCAUCGCACAGCUCAAGCGAAGUAUUUCCACUAUCGACGAGGACGAGCACGCAGAGAAGAGGCUCACGUUGGAGGAGCAACAUUCGGUUAGGCCGCCAUUGACCAGAGGCGAUUCUUUGCCAGCUGUAAGCCUUGCCGUCAGUUACGUGCAGGAUAGAAGCAAGGAGAAGCAUCCUGUGAGAGCGCCCAGUUUUGAUACCGCCACUACAUUUAAGACCAAUGGGGCAUACGUCGGUCCGUCUAUCCCAUUGGCACCAGCAAAUGUGGCGGCAAACGGUGGAGGGUCUCCUCUUCGCCCGCGAACGAGCCCUCCACCACCGCCGCCACCGGCGCAAGAAGCCUCCAACGAUAAUCCACAGACGAAUCAUCACCAGGUAAUCAAGCUCCAAAUGUUAACGACCGCGUGCGAAUACAUCUAUAAGGAUAACAAUGGUUCGACAAAUGGCCCGUCACCCAUGGCUGCGCUCAUGUCUGUCGCUGACAACUUAGCGUCGCCAGAAUCAGUGCCACAGCCACCGAAUAAUCCGAGUCCGACCAGUAGAAGCCCACCGACCACGGCCACGAACGCUCAGCAACGCAGUGCUUCCAGAGGAUCGCAGCAUAGCCCGAACAGUUCAGGAUCCUCGGGUAGGAGAUCCAAUGGUUCAAGGCACGUGUCGUCGACGACUGUGACAACGUCAUCAGAAGGAGCAGUUGCCCAAGUUGCCGGAGCCGAACAAGUAUCAGCGCCGAUAUUAAAAUGCACCCUGUGUCAAGAACGCCUCGAGGACACGCAUUUUGUUCAGUGUCCCAGCGUGCCACACCACAAAUUCUGUUUCCCUUGCAGCCGAGAAAGCAUAAAGAGACAGGGUGCUGGCUCAGAGGUUUAUUGCCCAAGUGGAGAGAAAUGUCCACUGGCGAACAGCCAAGUGCCAUGGGCGUUUAUGCAAGGCGAGAUAGCCACUAUCUUGGGCGACGAUACCACAGGCUCUGGGCUUAAAGUAAAGAAAGAGAGAGAAACCUAAAGAUUCUCAUGCUGUUUUAAAAACGGGGCUCAAAUUUUGCACCCUCUUUGACGAGGGUUAAUCAUGGUGGAACCGUGAAGGUUCAACCAAAAAAUACUUUUUGGUAACGGUGAUGAUACAUGUUUGGCGACGUAUUGCCAACAUUAUUCGAUUCGAGCCAAAGACGUUGUCGGUGUAAAUUGGAAUUAAUAAUGAAGUUGUUGUCGGGGAAAGUGGACGAUUUUUUUCAGCGACGCGUUUCGCUGGCUGUUCUGUUCACCGAGACAACCGAUUGUUUCGAUCGAUCGUUCGUUCAUCGAUCAAUUGUUUUUGACUGGUCUAGAGAAGAAGUCUUUGGCAAUUUUUGACACGCUGGCGUCGGUCCUGCGCACGUGUAUAUAUGGGAUUAUCGUAGAACGGUUAAUGCGCGAGGAAAUAAAAAGAAACAGACACGGUUUUUGUCGAAUAUGUGCGAAUAAACGCUAAAAGAAAACGCGAGAGAGAUUUUGUGUCCGGUUUGGGUUUGUACUUAGACUCGAUCGCCUUUCUUUAUUAUUUCUUGUGUCGCGAAUGUUCUCGCGUUUUUUGAAACACUAUACAUACAGAGACAUUUUUACACGCCGCACACGCGCAUACACACAUACACGCACACGCACACACACACAAUCGAAACACUUACAUAUAUAUACAUAAAAUACAUUAUGGUAACACAACACGGUACCAUUAAAGUCAGGCGGUUGUAUUGUACUUUAUUUUUAUUCACGCUGUCGCGUGAUCGCGGAUUAACCGAAGUCGGGAGUAUCGCGCUUCGGUGUUCUGAAACUUAUCGGACAAGUUCCCGAUCGGUCGUCUUUUUCUAAUCUUUUAUUUGUAUACUCUUUCUAUUACUACACACUCAUUGUAUGAUAGAAGACAAGAAAAAAACAUUGCGGACAUAUUUAGACCCAGCGUACGGGUUUUCUGUACAUUAUGUAUAUGUGUACAUACCACGUUAUUAAUAAAACUUAUGGAUUAAAGGAGUAACCAGUUUUAAAUGUACAAAAGAAGGAAAACUUACAUUCGUUUUGCGUGUUAUUCUAUUAAAUUAUUUUUCUUUUUUGUUUCUCUUUUUCUUUCUUCUCGAAUCAUUUACAAGGAAACAACCGUACGUUCAAACCAUUGUAGGACGUUCGAGCGCAUUUUGUUCAAUUUUCCUCGUCAUUUUCUCUUUUCCUUUUCGUUCUUUCUCGUUUUUGCGAAAAAAGAUCGCGAAUUCUCUUUAUAAGACUCGUCUGGUGGUAUCCGAAAUAAGAAAA